GUUUAAGACUGAAUCAGUCCCACUUUCCUUCCAAAAUUUCGACUUAACGAAAAAAAACAAUUAUUGACUGGUUCUUAUCUUUGAAACUUGUAAUUCGUUCAAAGCUACAUAAGAACUUCCACUGACGGUUUUCGAUAUGUGUCAUCUGGUUCCAUGGUCAUAUCUUCAUAUAAGGAAGGCGAGUUUCACAUCAAAUCCAUUAUAGACGGAGAUCGAGCCAAACGUUCUUCUGCAUUUCCUGUGUUUCGUAAGCAAAACCCAGAUUACUCUUGCUUAUUUGUUUGGCAGGUCGGCCUCCCCACCGCAUGCGGUCAUCUAGUAUAUCUUUCCUUUUAAUGCCGCGCAAAUUGGUUUGCUUGCAUCAGAACCAUCAAAUUGUUUAAGCUGUUGUAGUGUUAACUCCAUGAUUGAAUCGAUCCAUAGAUGAAUUUAUUUGAGAAUUUCAGAGAAGAAAGGAAAGGGUCUGGGUUAUUAUACAUUCCUGGAUACAAGAUGCGUCAAUCAUGACCGUGGGAUACACAUUAAGUUAUUGUGGACCAUACAAAUAGAGACCAGAGUCAAGGUAUUUGAGACCUGAACCAUAGGUCAAGUAGUCUGAGUGAGGAUCUCUACAAAGUCUAAAACCAAACCCUGCAUCCAUUUCUCAGAUUUCGAAGGUAGAUUGACAUAGAAAUGUUUAUAAGGAAACCCCCACUUCCUCGGAUGCUCCUAAACAACGGCUCUUGCAUGAGAAAUGCCCAAUUAAUUCUUCGCAACAUCAACGCCUCAGUUCAUGACGGAGGUGCGCUUGUGUUAACAGGAGCAAAUGGUGCAGGGAAAUCCACUUUUUUACGAAUGUUAGCUUGUUUCUCACGACCAUCAGCUGGAGAGAUCCUGUGGAAUGGGCAUGACAUCACGAAGUCAGGAGUUUUUGAGCAAUACAAACUCCAACUCAACUGGUUAUCCCUCAAAGAUGCUGUCAAAGAGAAGUUCACUGUUCUGGAUAACGUUCAAUGGUUUGAAGUCCUUGAAGGAAAGUCUGGUAAAUCAAAGGCAGCUUUGGAACUCAUGGGUCUAGGCCGGCUUAUUAAUGAGAAGGCAAGGAUGCUUUCCAUGGGUCAAAGGAAAAGACUCCAGCUUGCUAGAGUAGUAGCAAUUGACCGUCCAAUUUGGUUGCUCGAUGAGCCGUCAGUGGCAUUGGAUACUGAAGGUGUGAAAUUGCUUGAGCACAUUAUUACUGAGCAUCGAAAGAAAGGUGGGAUCGUGUUCGUCGCAACUCAUUUACCUAUCCAGAUAGAUGAUGCGAUGAUUUUGAGGUUGCCAGAGAGGUUCCCAAGAAGGAAAACCAUGGUGGAUUUGCUUGAUUGAUUAUGAAGUGGUGUAUUGAGAGGGUUACUUGGUGGUUUUGUUUUGUGGUAUUGGGAGAGGGACCUUUUUAGUCAUUGACUGAUCAAUUCACUCAGCCGUCAUUCCCUAUCACGGAGUAUUAGACUCUGGAGACACACCUGGACUUGUAAAAAAACCAAGAACUGUUGAGCAAAAAGGGUCCUUACGUUGAUCAACUGUUGAAAUAAUUAUGAUCAUCUCAUGACAAAGACCAAUAUUUUAUCAAGAGCAUCA